AUGGCUAAUGAUUCUGAUCCAUUUCCAGUUUGGAAGCGGAUUUACUCAGUAAUAAAUGGAAACAGUGAAAAUAUUUCACCUAAUGCUGUGGAGGAUACAUUGAAACUCUGCAAGGAACAAAUAAUAGAAGUACUCCUCCAGUUCAAAAGCUAUUCUAAAGAGAGUUUCAAAUCAUGGAAAUCGGAAUCUGGACUCAAAGAUAUAUUGUCUGAUGAUGAAAUGUGCAAUUUCAUACAUUUGUUGAGCAGAGAACUUGAUCUUGAUGUCUCUGUAGCAUGGACAGUAACAUGCAAUUUCUUGAUGUUUGAGUACUAUGGAAGAGUUGAUGAACUGAAAACAUUGAUCAAAUUUGAUUCAAAAGUUGAAUAUUUGACAGAAAAUGUUUGGUAUUUCUAUACAGCAGAUCGUAUGUUCUUAUUGAAGACUUUGAGGCACAUAUUUGAAAGUGUUUCUGAUAAAAAACAUGUCUACUACAAUGAAUUCAAUUCCUUUACCAAGUCUCUUGACUUCAGUCUACUGUGGAAGAAUCUGAAGGCUGUGUUCAAAAAUCUCCUAGAUGAAAUAGACAGAGACAAAUCCCAAACAGUAUCUGAUAAAUUGUUGGUUCAAUGGAUACAUAGAAAUAACAGGGAACAAGCAGAAGUGGCUAUUUUAUUAUUGCACACUUUUGAAUACCUCAAACCUGAUGGUUCAGAAUUAGCAGAUAUGUUGACCCUUUUCAUCAGGCAUGGAUUCACCAGGCACCCUUUGUUUCAUGAAAGUGUGACUGUGUCCAGAAAAACAGAUUUGAUUGAAAUUAAAAAUUCUGAAAUUUCCCUAAUAUUAACAAUCAUGAAAAUUUACUGGAAUACACCAGGCCUGGCCAAGAUGUUACCCUCAGAUAUAGAGAAAAAUUUAGAAUUGUUACAAAUACAGGGUGAUAAUAGUAUCAUUUUGUUUGCGUGGGCUGCACUCAAAACAUCUAUUGAUGAAUGUGAUGAGAAAGAAAGCCACAUGGAUUACUGCAACAGAGUAAUCCUCCAGCUGGCCAAAAAGAAAGUUUUCAAUUCCUUGUAUGAAUUUCUCACACACAAAAUGUUCUUGGGUACAAAAAUUGGUGAAAUAACUGCAGAAGCAGUCAUCACACUGAUGACAGAGUUCACAAAAAUUUGUGCCGACUUCAAUUUCGUCCAGGAACAACCGGGUGUGAGCAAAUUGACGGCUGAAUUAUUGAAACGCAAAGGUCUGGUCAUAUUGGAAAGUUUGGGACCGAUUUUCCAAUUGUCAAUGGAAGCUUUUCCAUUCAUCUUUGAACCCUUCCUGGAUAUGUGCAAAGCUCUGAUUGUUAUACCUGAGAAAUACGACUCGAUAAUAAGCCUGCUGAAAAAUAUCCCGGGAUUCCUGUCGGAAUUGCGGUGGGCCCACCACUCGCCCAGUUUUCUCCUGGACAAGACCCAGAGACUCUUCACCGACAGCGACCUCUUCAUGGUGCCCUCUGGCACCAGGGUGGAGAGCUUCCCCUACCAGGGGGUGGGAUACGCCAGGUUCAUCUACCCCUUCGACUUCUUCCGGCUCAUGGAGCAGUUCACCAAGUCGCUGACCACUAUUAAUUUCGAAGUGGGUACCGAGUGGCACUGCUACGACAACUUGGUUGAGCUGGUCAUUAUCGGGUUCCAGUUUAUUAACCACUUGUUGAGGCACUACCGGGGCGACCUUAGAAAGGACCCGGCUCUCAAGUCCCUGGUGCAAAGGCUGGAGAUAGUGCCCACUCAGUUCGUGGAAGGACCUUCUAAAAACUUCGACUUCAUCAGGUUGUACUUCGAAGUGAACUGCACCCUGAUCCGAGGAGAGCUGCUGGAUUUCUCGGAGGUGUUUACGCCUGUGCAUAGGAAGAGGAUGUUUCCCGUGGUGGUCAGCUAUGAGAAGGCGUACAACCACGUACUCUUCGAUCAGAUGCUGAACGGGAGUUUGCUGUUCAGGUUGCUGAAGGAGGAGGAGGGGAAGGAUACUCAUUGUUUGCUUGUGCAGUAUCUGGAACUGAUCGAGUUCAUGGUUCAGAAAAAUAUUUACCACCGCGAAAUACAGUACGCCGGUCUGUGGUACAUCAUAAACUGCACCUUCCCCCUCUACCAGCAGUGGAAGUACGCCGACCCCUUCGAAGAAACCCUCCAUCACGAAAACCUGCUGCUCGAUAUUCGUGGAAGUCCUCCAGAGACAUCUCUCCAAAAUCGAAGACGACUCUGUGGUCAUCUUCGAGAUGCUGCUGGAUGCUCUGUUGCUGCAGGAAACGAUGACCUCCAGCUACAUCUCAAUCUUCCUCAAGGACAAAUUCCAUCUGCAGACUUUGAUGGAGCAGGAGCUGAACUGGGACGGCGGACCCGCUUUGGAGGGAAUCGAGUGCAUCCGGUUGCACUUGGUGCUGCUCUUGUUGCUGCUCAAGCACAAGGGGAAAUUGGGGGAGAGGAAGACUACGCUGGAUGA